AUGUCCAAGGAAGCAACCCCAGGAAUUCAAAAUAACGGGAAAUCGCCAUCAGCAUCAACUGCUGUACCAACCGCAGCUUCGAUAACUCAAGUAUCACGACCAUUCUUUACUUUACAAGAACUAUCAUAUUUACACAGUCAAACCAUUCCAUCAACUUUGAAACUACAAUAUGCCACCACUAAGCAGCAAAUCUAUCAGUUCUUAAACCAAGCGAUUAAAAUGUUGAAAUUCCCAAUUCGGGUUUUAGCAACAACCAUGAAUUAUUAUCAACGCUAUUACUUGUUUAAUAAAUUUGAUGUUGCAAAUCUGGCGAUGCACAUUGAAAAUUCUCCCUACACCAUAGCCAUUACUUGUCUAUUCCUUGCGAGUAAAGUUGAGGAUUGUAUCAAAAAACUAAAAGAUGUUCAACAAGUUUGUAAUAAAUUGAGAGAUAUCAAUGAAAAUACAUUGGUUGAAAGUAAUGGUGCCAGUGUGCCCUUUAUCGAUUUGCAACGGAAAAUCAUCUUGAGUACCGAGUUCAAAUUGUUACAAAUCACCAAGUUUGACUUUAAUCUAGGGAAUAAUCCAAGUUUUGCCAUCAAUGUUGAUGAUUUGCUAAUACAAUUUUGUAAAAACUUGGGCAUCAAUUAUAAAAUUUCCAUGCUUUGUUGGUUGAUCAAUUAUGAUAUUAUUCAAACUCCUUUGAGUUUAGUUGUACCGCCUCAUUGUACUGCUUUGGCCAUCGUCAUUAUAGCCCUAAGUCUCAACCCCAACGAAAUGAAUUUACAACAUCAUGAAAUUGGUGAAGAUGAUGAAGAAGAAGUAGUCAAAAUUAAAAAAGUUCUUAGUGAAUUGGAUUGUAAUGAUUUCCAAUGUCCCGAAGUCUUGGUUAAUGAAGCAAUACUUUACAUAUUGGACUACUAUACUCAUCAAUUCGACAAUAGUAUCUUGCAAAAUUAUCUACCACCAGUAGAUCCAGUCACGGGGAAGAAUCAAAUAUUCAAGUUUUUGGAUUUGAAGCAAAAAUUUAAUGAUGUUGCAAUUUUGAAUGAAAAGAGUUGUAAUUUCAAGUUGAAUGAAAAGGAUGGAUAUUUACAAAAUUGGGAUUAUGGAGUAGCAACAAAGGGGUUGGUGAGGUUUAUGUUGAGUAAUAAGAGAUCGAGGUUUGAUGAUGAGCAACAAAUGAAGGAGAAUAAAGAAAAGGAAGAGAAAAGGCAAAAGCCUGCUGAAUAUGAAAAGCUUAAUAAGAGAUUGAAUGGUGCGUGA